ACAUAUGCAAGAGAUCUGUUUUGGGGCUCUGCACUUUCACAUGAUCCAGUGGUACUUGGAUACUUAACUCUUAUCCUCACACACUCUAACACAAAGCCAGCUUGACUGAAAGAGUCACGUUCAAGUCACUUUAAAAAUCUUGAAAUUCAAUUCAAAGAUACAACCUUUUUCUUUUUCUGAGGAUUCUUUACGUCCUCAUUUUGUAUUCUUGGCUCUACCCCCUCAUUUCUCCCAUGGAGAGUUUGAGUGCAUCUUCAAUUUUGUAUUGGAGAUCAUCUCUGAAUGUAGCUGCUGCUGAUCAUUCUGGUUUGAGUUUGAGCUCAGUUAGGCCUUUGAUUUUCAAACAGAGAAAGAAAUGCACUGGUGGGUUUAUUAGGCCUUUGAGUUUGAGUGUGGUGAGUGCUUCUGUUGGGUCUCAAGAUGGGUCUAAUUCUGCUGUUGAAGAUGAUAAGAAGGGCUUGUUUCUUGGGCCACAGAGGGAUUCUUCUGGGUCUGUUGUGGGCUUUCAUUUGAUGCCUCAUUCUGACUCUGCGGACAAGGAGCAAGUGUCAGCUGACAUUGAAGGAGGAGAAAAAUUGUCCACCAGGGUAACUUAUAAUAUUGUAUUUGUUAGUUCCGAAGCAGCACCAUAUUCAAAGACAGGAGGCUUAGGGGAUGUUUGUGGUUCUUUGCCUAUAGCAUUAGCUGAACGAGGACACCGUGUAAUGGUUGUGACUCCUAGAUAUCAGCAUGGCGGACCUUCAGAUAAAAGAUAUGCUUCAGCAACUGAUACUGAAUGCCGAGCAAAGGUUUUUUGUUCAGGAGGCGUCCAGGAAGUUGCUUUUUAUCAUGAGUACAGAUCAGGCGUUGAUUGGGUCUUUGUCGACCACCCGUCUUACCACCGACCUGGAACCCCAUACGGUGAUGUUUAUGGUGCUUUUGGUGAUAACCAGUUCCGGUUCACUUUACUUUGUCACGCAGCAUGUGAGGCUCCCUUGGUGCUUCCCUUGGGCGGGUUCACCUAUGGCGAAAAUUGUUUGUUCCUUGCUAAUGAUUGGCAUGCAGGACUUGUACCCGUGCUAUUGGCAGCAAAGUAUCGUCCACAUGGAGUCUACAAAGAUGCUCGUAGUAUUCUUGUAAUACAUAAUCUUGCACACCAGGGGGUGGAGCCUGCCGCAACUUACAGUAAUUUGGGACUCCCUCCUGAGUGGUAUGGAGCACUGGGAUGGGUAUUUCCCACAUGGGCAAGGACUCAUGCACUUGACACAGGGGAAGCUGUCAAUGUUUUGAAAGGUGCUAUCGUAACCUCGGAUCGGAUAUUAACAGUUAGUGAGGGAUACUCGUGGGAGAUAAGAACUCCUGAAGGUGGAUAUGGUCUACAAGAGCUCUUGGAUAGUCGAAAGGUAGUUGUCAAUGGUAUCACAAAUGGCAUUGAUGAAACUGAAUGGAACCCAUCUAAUGAUGAGAAUAUUCCUUCACAUUAUUCCAUUGAAGAUCUCUCUGGCAAGGUUCAAUGCAAGGUGGCGUUGCAAAAGGAAUUGGGUCUUCCAGUUAGGCCUGAUUGUCCAUUGAUUGGAUUUAUUGGUAGACUGGACUACCAGAAAGGUAUUGAUAUAAUACUGUCGGCAACUCCUGAGCUAUUACAGGAUGAUAUCCAAUUCGUAAUGCUCGGAUCUGGCGAGAAACAAUAUGAAGAAUGGAUGAGAGCUGCUGAGUCAUCGUUCAAAGAAAAAUUUAGGGGAUGGGUUGGAUUCAAUGUUCCCAUUUCUCAUCGUAUAACAGCAGGCUGUGAUAUACUAUUGAUGCCAUCAAGAUUUGAGCCAUGUGGUUUAAAUCAGUUGUACGCAAUGAGAUAUGGCACUGUCCCAGUAGUACAUGCCACUGGAGGACUUAGAGACACAGUGCAGACUUUCAAUCCUUAUGCUCUAGAUGGAAGAGGUGAAGGCACUGGGUGGGCAUUUACUCCGCUCACAAGGGAAAGUAUGAUAGCGGCAUUGAGAACUGCCGUUGCAACUUACAGAGAUCACAAAGAUUCAUGGGACGGUCUGGUGAAAAGAGGAAUGGAGCGUAAUUCCUCAUGGGACAAUGCUGCUGUAAAAUAUGAGCAAGUUUUUGAGUGGGUAUUCUUGGAUCCUCCUUAUGUUGGGUGAUUACCCAAGCGAGGCAGAAAGAGUAUGUACAGUUCCUUUCAGUUGUCCCAUAGAGAAUCCUCGUUGCAAUGUUGCUGCAAAAUGACUUCCCACUUUGGCUAACGGAUGUUGGGUGGGUCGUUCUCGCUAUACUUAGUCACCUAGGUAGUAACAAAGCUUAUGCUAUGCAUCUUCCAAAACUAUAACCUUUGAUUUUCAGCUUUUGAAAAUUGUUAUUGUAAAUUCCUAUAUAGUUUUCAGCUUUUGAGAGUGUAGGAUGUAUAAGCGGCAUUUUAUACCAUCUUUUUAUUGCUUUUA